AUAAACGAAGCAAAGUCUCUCUCUUUAAUCCACUCACUCACUGGUUAGAAGAUAUUAGAUAUUCUCUCUUCUUCGGUUCUUCCUCUUCUUCUUCUUAUUCUCUUUUAAAAAUAAUAAUAAGAAAAAAAAAAAUCAACGUCUUCUUCCACCAAAAAAUAUCUGACAACACCCUCAUAUGAGUUAGCACCACUGAUUCACACCGCCAUAACCAAAAAUCUUAACUUUCCAAUCCCACCUUUGACCACACCUAACUAAUUUCCCUUCUUCCAUGGCUGCCACAGCAGCAGCAGCGUUUCGAUCGAAGAAUCCACACAUUUACAGGGAAGCCACAACCCACCUUAGGCAGCUCCUCCUCUUCAGCCACCACAUGCACGGUGGCCGCACCACCCCAAUCUCCCUCCCUCCGGCCACCACCAAGUGGGACCACCCGUUCUCCAACACUCCUUACCACUUCACCUCCUUCAAGCCCCUUUCUCUCCGCGGCAAUUUCCCAAACCCUUCUCCAACCAGAUACGAGGUUCUCGACUCUUAUGGGGACCCUCCCGAGCUCUGGAAUGGCGGCGGGAUUGUAGUCAGGAAUUCUAAUAACAGUUUUGAUGCCGGUGGUGGCGGUGGCAGUGGCGGCGGAGGUGGCGCUGGUGGUGCGGCCGGUUCCGGCGAUUCGGGGCCUUUUGAUUCAAAGGAUGGGUGCUGGGAUGGAACCACUAUUGGGAAUAGUUUUCCAACGCCAAAGGAGAUUUGCAAGGGGCUUGACAAGUUUGUGAUUGGCCAAGAGAGGGCCAAGAAGGUGCUUUCUGUGGCAGUUUAUAACCACUAUAAGAGGAUAUUUCAUGAAUCUUCACCCAAGUGGCCUGCAGGAGGUUACAGCAGCAAUGGUGAAGCUGAUGCAUCUGAUGAUGAUAGAGUUGAACUUGAGAAAAGCAAUAUCCUUCUCAUGGGGCCAACAGGAUCAGGGAAGACAUUACUAGCCAAAACUUUGGCACGGUUUGUAAAUGUUCCCUUUGUUAUUGCAGAUGCUACUACACUAACUCAGGCUGGUUAUGUUGGAGAAGAUGUGGAGUCCAUAUUAUACAAGUUACUCACCGUUGCAGAUUAUAAUCUGGAAGCUGCACAGCGAGGCAUUGUUUACAUUGAUGAAGUUGACAAGAUCACCAAGAAGGUUCCCCUUUUCUUACAUCCCCCCCUUCUUUUCUUUCUUCAAAAUCCCAAAACUUUUCUUCCCACUGUUGUCAAUCUUCCUGAGAAGGGAGCUCGAAAGCAUCCAAGAGGUGACAGUAUUCAGAUUGACACAAAGAACAUACUUUUCAUUUGUGGAGGAGCCUUUGUUGACUUAGAGAAAACAAUCUCAGAAAGGCGUCACGAUUCUUCAAUUGGAUUCGGGGCACCUGUACGUUCAAACAUGAGAACAGGUGGUGUAACAGAUGCUGCUGUUACAUCAACUUUAUUAGGAACUGUGGAAAGUAGUGAUCUUAUUGCAUAUGGUUUAAUACCUGAAUUCGUUGGGCGGUUUCCUAUCCUUGUCAGUUUGUCAGCUUUAACUGAAAAGCAACUCAUUCAGGUCCUCACAGAGCCUAAGAAUGCUCUAGGGAAGCAGUACAAGAAGAUGUUCCACAUGAAUGGAGUAAAGCUGCAUUUUACAGAAAGCGCUCUGAGAUCAAUUGCUAGAAAAGCAAUAUCUAAAAACACCGGUGCUCGGGGCUUACGAUCAAUAUUGGAGAGUGUGCUGGUAGAUGCCAUGUACGAGAUCCCCGAUACAAGAACAGGAGAUGAUAUUAUAGAGGCUGUUGUUGUUGAUGAAGGGGCUGUUGGUGGUGAGGAGCGUGGGAAAGGGGCCAAGAUCCUUUAUGGCAAAGGUGCAUUGGAGCGUUAUCUUUUAGCUCAAAAGAAUAUUUCAGAGGCCACAGAGGCACCGGCCGGAGAGCACGAAGCAGAGGCGGAACUUCCUUCCAUUGUUGCAAGCAUGUAAUCCAUUGCUGUAUUUAUCUUUGUACAUAGCAAGUUGAUACAUUUCUUGAAUAAUAUAGAAGGGUCCAAGUCACAUAAUGUAAUAUCUUAUAGUAACUUUCUAGCUUCUAUGGUCAUUCCAACAAAUUACAGCAAGGUAAACUAAUUGUCCCAUACCACUUUUUUAGUGUACAAUACCUGAUUCAUGUACACAAGUUUUGUGCAGAAUUGAUGGAGCAAAGUGCAUCACUUAGAUUUUGGCAUUUUGCCCCACCAAUGCCUUUUACAUAAUUUAUUGAAUACUGAAACAAGGGGUGAGUUGUUUCU